AUGGACCCCGACAGGACCCUUCAAGAAUACGAGAAGAUUCAGAUUAACAGGAUGUUCCAAAAACUGAAGGCUGAUUAUGAGGCGUUGAAAGCCAAUGGGUCAACCAGCCAGAAGGGCACGUGCACGAAAUGUGACGAAUGCUGGGAGCCUAAUGGAGAAAGCUGCUACUAUUUCUCUCCAGAUGCUUUGACUUGGGAGGACAGUCGAAGAUUUUGCACUAACAGCUCCGGCGAUCUGGUGAAGAUCGACAGCUACAACAAGCAGAAAUUUUUGGCACGGAGACUGUUGGACAUAAUGUCCUUUGAAGAGGACAAGUUUUGGAUCGGCCUGACGGACUCUCAGCAGGAGGGUCAAUGGCUGUGGACGGACGGCUCCCCUCUAAAUCUCAGCUUGGCAUUCUGGGCCCCAUGGGAGCCUGACGAUUGGGUGAACGAGAGAGGCGGCGAAGACUGUGCACGCAUUGGUGACCCGGACAUUGCAAAAGAAUUGCAGAGCUGGUUCGACAGAGCCUGUAGCAUUCCGCACAGGUGGAUUUGUGAGAAAGCGGCGCAGAAAGGAUGA